CCGCCUUGGGCUGUCAUGCUGCCUUUUCCCUUUAGACAUUUUGCCAAGCCCCUCAGGAGAUGUUGCCAGGCCGGGGGAAGUUUGCGGGCCCAGCACAGCAAAGCGGCCACUGCGUCCGCCAAGGAUGCUCCGGCAUGGACGGGGCAAGAGAGCUUGGCAGAGAGCGACCCUGAGAUGUGGGAACUAGUACGGCAGGAGAAGGAUCGGCAGUGCCGGGGGCUGGAGCUUAUUGCCUCGGAGAAUUUCUGCAGCCGAGCUGCACUGGAAGCCCUGGGCUCCUGUCUGAACAACAAGUAUUCGGAGGGCUAUCCUGGCAAAAGGUAUUAUGGAGGUGCUGACGUGGUGGACCGCAUCGAGCUGCUGUGCGAACGCCGCGCUCUGGAAGCUUUUGACCUGGAUCCCGAGCGCUGGGGAGUGAACGUCCAGCCCUACUCCGGGUCCCCUGCCAACUUUGCAGCGUACACGGCCCUGUUGCAGCCCCAUGAGCGCCUCAUGGGCCUGGACUUGCCCGACGGAGGCCACCUGACCCAUGGGUAUAUGUCGGAUGUCAAGCGUAUCUCGGCUACGUCCAUUUUCUUCGAAUCCAUGCCCUACAAGCUAAAUCCAGCGACGGGGCUGAUUGAUUACGACCAACUGGAAGUAACGGCCCGUCUGUUCCGCCCACGUCUUAUCAUUGCUGGCACCAGUGCCUACGCCCGCCUUAUCGACUAUGCCCGCAUCAAGAAGGUGUGUGAGGAGGUGAAGGCCUACAUGCUAGCUGACAUGGCCCACAUCAGUGGCUUGGUGGCAGCCAGAGUCAUCCCGUCGCCCUUUGACUAUGCUGACUUGGUGACUAGCACAACCCACAAGACAUUACGUGGGGCCAGGUCUGGGUUGAUCUUCUACCGCAAAGGUGUCCGUUCUGUGGAUAAGAAGACGGGCAAGGAGAUUCCCUACAAUCUGGAGGAGAGGAUCAACUUUGCGGUGUUCCCGUCACUGCAGGGUGGGCCUCACAACCAUGCCAUUGCUGCUGUUGCCGUGGCCCUAAAGCAGGCCAGUUCACCCAUGUUCCGGGAGUAUAGCCAGCAGGUGCUGAAGAAUGCUAAAGCCAUGGCGGAGUCCCUGCUGCAGCGGGGAUACACCCUCGUCUCAGGGGGCACGGAUAACCACUUGGUGCUUGUGGACCUGCGGCCAAAAGGCAUCGACGGGGCCCGGGCCGAGCGGGUGCUGGAACUGGUGUCCAUAACGGCGAACAAGAACACCUGUCCAGGAGAUAAGAGUGCAUUAACUCCGGGAGGUUUGCGGCUUGGGGCCCCUGCUCUUACCUCCCGAUGUUUCCGGGAAUCUGAUUUCCAGAAAGUGGUAGAAUUCAUGGAUGAAGGAAUCCAGAUUGGCCUGGAUGUCAAAAAGAAAACUGCCAAGCUUCAAGAUUUCAAAUCUUUCUUGCUGACUGACCCAGAGACGAAGAGGAGCUUGGCUGACCUCCGGCAACGUGUCGAGACCUUUGCCCGUGCCUUCCCCAUGCCUGGCUUCGAGGAGCGUUGACAACGAUGCCCCGCCAGAGACUGGCUGUCGUGCCCAGAUAGCCGGG